GUCUGUACCUGGUCGAGCUGGAACCCGCCUCCCCGUCCCUAUACAAAGUCCCAGCGGUGUGAGCCAGACAGAGACAGACCACCUCCUUCACCCUCGGCCGGCCAAGCAUCCCCGUGAGGAUCACUCGCCCAGCAAAGCGCAGGGAGUAGCAUUGGACGCUACUCCAGGAGGCUCUCCUGCAGGCGCAAAGUCCCUACUAUGACAGGUGUCCGAGGAGAGGGCCCUGCAGGUCAUGUGCGCCCGGCAGAUCUUUGACCGGCCGUUGCUCCCGCCCCGUGUCUCCUCCCCGCAGGUGCCCCCUCACUACCCUCACAGGCACUUCCGGCACCCUGUGCCCUGGGCCACCCACCAAGUCUUCUUCCAGCCAGGACCAGCGAGGGAUCCGGGGAGCCAGGGCCCCCUCGACUCUGCCCCCGAAACUGGACUGGGCUCGCCUGACAACUGCUGGAGGUCACUGUAGCCAUCCCCCUGCAGCUGAGGAAGUGGGAAGUCUCCAAGGCCAGCAGGGAUCCAGGCCUGGGCCUGGGUCUGUCCCUGCCAGAAAUCCAUGCCGAAUUCCCUCACGGGUGGCCAGGUCCCCCCCCCCACUCUGGACACAGUUGGCCUGGUGGACCGGAGUCUGGGAAAUGCAGGGACCUCCGGUUCUGCCCCAGUCUUGGAAGAGGGGGAGGUGGACCCCUGGGCCCUCCCUCAGCUGAAGGACACUGGCCAGUCCUGGAAAGAGCUCAGCGUGGCCGGAAGGGUGCUCCGCGUGGUCGUCGGCUUCCUCAAGGCUUGUGGGCUCCUGGGCAACCUUUAUCUUUUCAUCUGCUCCCUGGACAUCCUCAGCUCAGCCUUCCAGCUGCUGAGCAGCAAAAUGGCCGGAGACAUCUUUAAGGACAACGUGGUGCUGUCCAACCCCGUGGCAGGACUGGUCAUUGGCGUGCUGGUCACCGUGCUGGUCCAGAGCUCGAGCACGUCCUCCUCCAUCGUGGUCAGCAUGGUGGCCUCCAAACUGCUGACCGUCCAGGCAUGCGUGCCCAUCAUCAUGGGUGUCAACGUGGGCACGUCCAUCACCAGCACCCUCGUCUCGAUGGCACAGUCGGGGGACCGAGAUGAGUUUCGGAGGGCCUUCGGAGGCUCGGCCGUCCACGGCAUCUUCAACUGGCUCACGGUGCUGAUCCUGCUGCCGCUGGAGAGCGCCACGGCCCUGCUGGAGAGGCUCAGCGGGCUGGCUCUGGGCGCAGGCGGCCUGCAGCCCGGGGGCCAGGCCCCCGACAUCCUCAAGGUGCUAACAAAGCCUCUCACACACCUCAUUGUGCAGCUGGACACCGAUAUGAUCACAAGCAGUGCCACAGGGAACGCCACCAACGGCAGCAUCAUCAAGCGAUGGUGCGGUACCAGGGAGCUGACGAUUUCGGGGAACAGCAGCGAGUGUGGACCCACUGCCUCUGGCCCCUGUCCUGAGAGCAACGGCUCUGUGGUGGUGGAGCAGCUGCCCUGCCACCACCUGUUCGUGGGGACUGCGCUCACGGACCUGGCCGUGGGCUUCAUCCUGCUGGCCGCCUCCCUGCUCCUGCUCUGCACCUGCCUCGUGCUCAUCGUCAAGCUGCUCAACUCUGUGCUGCGCGGCCGCGUGGCCCAGGCUGUGAGGAAGGUCAUCAACGCGGACAUCCCCUUCCCGUUCGGCUGGCUCAGCGGCUACCUGGCCAUCCUCGUGGGUGCCGGCCUGACCUUCGUGCUCCAGAGCAGCAGCGUCUUCACGGCGGCCAUCGUACCGCUCAUGGGGGUUGGCAUGAUCAGCCUGGAGCGGGUGUACCCUCUCUUCCUGGGCUCCAACAUCGGCACAACCACCACAGCCCUGCUGGCCGCCCUGGCCAGCCCCGCGGACAUGCUGCUCAGUGCCCUCCAGGUGGCCCUCAUCCACUUCUUCUUCAACCUGGCUGGCAUCCUGCUGUGGUACGUGGUGCCCGUCCUGCGGCUGCCCAUCCCGUUGGCCAAGCGCUUUGGGGACCUGACAGCCACCUACCGCUGGGUGGCCGUUGCCUACUUGCUCCUCAGCUUCCUGCUGCUGCCCCUGGCCGCCUUUGGGCUCUCCCUGGCAGGGAGCACGGUGCUGGCUGCCGUGGGGGGACCCCUGGUGGGGCUGGUGCUCCUCAUCGUCCUGAUCAACGUCCUGCAGCGGCACCGGCCCGCCUGGCUGCCCCGCCGCCUGCGCUCCUGGGCCUGGCUCCCACGCUGGCUCCGCUCCCUGGAGCCCUGGGACCGCCUGGUCAGCCGCUGCUGCCCCUGCAGGGUGUGCGGUCCACCCCCCGCCGCUGCCAAGGAGGCCCACUGCUACGAGAACCCCGAGGUCCUGGCCUCCCAGCAGUUGUGAAGGGAGGGUGCCCUGGGGGGUCCCGGUAGCAGAGGACUUCGGAGUCACCUGGCUUGCCUUCCUUGCAAAUAAACAAGGCUUUGAGCAGGA